CAACUCCCCCCCACCACCUCCUGCGUCGUCAGCCCGGGUGAGCGCUCGCGUGGCUGCAGCGCCGAGUCUCAGACACGCCGUUCGUAGCUGGACGCUGCCUGGCUGGCGGCGCUGGACAUGGCGGAAGCGGCCCCGCAAGAGGAGGACCGCAGACCGAUCCGGAGAGUCCGUUCCAAGAGUGACACACCUUACAUCAAUGAAGCGAGGAUCUCUUUGCACCUGGAGACAGCUGAAGAAGUGGAGAGGCUGGCAGCAAUGCGUUCUGAUUCACUGGUACCUGGUACACACACACCUCCAAUUAGGCGAAGAAGUAAAUUUGCCACCCUGGGGCGUCUCUUUAAACCCUGGAAAUGGAGAAAGAAAAAGAGUGAAAAGUUCAAGCAGACCUCUGCUGUGCUGGAAAGGAAAAUGUCCACACGACAAAGCAGAGAAGAGCUCAUCAAGAAAGGAGUGCUGAAGGAAGUUUACGAGAAAGACAGCUCACCCCCGUCUUCACAGGAAGAGGAGAAGCUGCAGAAUGGCAGUUCUCCCGUGCUUGAAUGCAGCGUGUCAGAAUCCGAAGGCGCGGAGCCGAUGGAAGGAGCGGUGGCAACAGGAGGCUCACUAGAGUUUGAGAUCCCCAGUGAGGGAACAAGUCAACAGAACCACACCCAUAAAUUAAUCCAGGCUCCACCCACAAAGAAGCCUUCAUUGUAUUCAGGGGAUGAUGCUGAAUCAACACUCCUCAGACGUCCUAUGGUACACAAGCAACCACCUGCACUACCACCCAAACCUUUCACCAGGAUACCAAAUCACAGCAUAGAUGGCACCCCGGUAAAGUUGCCGUGCAUGUCGGUGAAGUUAUCUCCGCCUCUACCUCCAAAGAAGCUCAUGAUCUCCGUACCUGCAGGGAGUAUGGAACCCUCUUUACUCGCCUUCCAGAAGUGCUCUGCCCCUCCCAGCCAAGUUCCCGUCGGCGGACACCCCCUGCAAUACGGGACGCUUCCUGUUCCUCUUCACCCACCAAGCCGAAUCAUCGAGGAACUCAACAAGACCCUGGCCCUAACCAUGCAGAGGUUUGAAAGUUCUGUAAUGCGUGCUGUUCCCACACUGAUGAUCGAAUGUGACGACAAAGAGAAUCUCCCCAACGAGGCAGAUUGUGAGGAUCUAACUGUUAUGUAUGGGGAUGACGAAGAAGAGCUAGAAGAAGAGGAGGAAGAAGUGGAUGAGGAGGAGGAGGAGGAAGAAGAGGAAGAUGAUGAAACCAUGUUUAUAAGCACACUGGCCCUGAAGGUGUUACGGAAAGACUCUCUGGCCAUCAAACUGAGUAACCGUCCAUCGAAGAGAGAGCUGGAGGAGAAGAACAUUCUACCACUGCAGUCAGAUCAGGAGAGACUUGAGUCCCGACAACAAACAGCAACCAAACUCACCAGACGGCUGAGUCAACGUCCAACUGCAGAGGAACUGGAACAAAGGAACAUCCUGAAACCACGAAAUGAUUUUGAGGAGCAAGAAGAGAAGAGGGAGAUCAAGAGACAUUUAUCCAAAAAGCUCAGCCAGAGGCCCACAGUGGAGGAGCUGAGGGAAGCAAAGAUCCUCAUCCGGUUUAGUGACUACGUGGAGGUCGCAGAGGCUCAGGACUACGACAGGAGAGCCGACAAGCCCUGGACUAGACUAACAGCUGUGGACAAGGCUGCCAUAAGGAAAGAACUGAAUGAGUUUAAAAGCACAGAGAUGGAGGUGCAUGAGUCGAGUCGUCACUUGACCAGGUUCCAUAGGCCAUAAAUUGAAGUGGGAGCUUGGUUGUAUUUCUAUUCCUAUACAAGUGAACACUGUCCAGACUGCUCCGAUGCUGCCCUUCUACUGCGGAGCAUCUCUCUGGUGAUGGCAUACCACAGGCAGGCUGCCAAAAGACUAUUAAACCUGUCAUCUCUGGAUUGGCAUCUUUUGUCAGAUUUGGAAAAAAAAAAAAAAGUUUUUUAUGAUAGUGUACUUUGCACUUUUGUUUCUGAACAGGUUAUUUGAAGUCAAUCAGUGCCAAUUUUGUUGAGUUUGAGGAGGAAGGCUGAACUUGAAAACAUGAAUUAAAAAUCGAUAUACUGUAUAUCAAUUAUGGCCAUGUUGGGCAUCUGGCUUUUAAGUCAGUGUGUCUUAUGGUUUUGUUCAGGUCACAAAAGUAUUUAAACUAACCCCGAGAUAAUUCUUUUCUAGCAAGUGUUACAAUUGCACUGUGUUGGGAAUUGGGUACUGGACACAAAAGGUGUAUAGUGAAACUCCAUUUGACUAUUGUGACCUGUAUUAUUAAGUACAAGGGCAAAAUUAAUCAAUGAACAGAGCAAUAAUGUCAGACUCUCCUUUAUUUGUUCAUAUGUCAAUACAGUGGUACCUCGGUUAACGUCCGCCCCGGUUAGCGUGUUUUUGGGUUAGCAUCCCAAGUUUUUGCUCAAAUUUGGCCUUCGCUUGCAUUCACCUGCUUGUUUAGAGUCUAAAAUACCGUCCGGUUUGUUUGCGCCACCAUCUUGGAUCACGUCCCAAGAUGAAAUCUUGCAAUACUUUAUAUCAGAGUUGUAGAAAGAUACACAAUAUAACAAAUACAUGGACCGCACAAAAGAAAAAGGCAAUGGACCGUACCAAGACAAGGGUGCAAGACCUCAAAAUUUUACAGCUUAAAAGAGAAGACCGUUAUCAUUUCAAAGGUAUGUAAAUGUGACAGAGUGGCUUCGUCAUCGGCUGCAGUGCACGCACAUCUACUCUGGUUCCCGUGUAACAGUCUAUCAACCCGGCGGUGCUUCGAGGGUGACAUUUUGUGUUUCUGCCUGUCUCAUUUUUACAUCCAUGGCACUCAUUUGUGGUUCCAACAAAAAUCAUAAGCAUUCAAACUUACAGUAGCACGUUCACGGCAGCCGGAAGCUGCCCAGGUAAAAAAAAAAAAUGGGUAAAAGUUAAAUGCUAAAUGCUCAGUUGUCCAUUUAUUUGUCAUAUGUAAUUAAUUUUGAAUCAUUUUCUACAUGUGAAACUACAAUUAUCGUCUAUAAAAAGAUGUUUUUUUAUUCACAUUUUUGGUUAAACGGAUUAAUUGGACUGACAUUAUUUUCUAUGGGAAAAUUUGCUUUGGUUGGAUUCCGUUUUGGUUUGAGUCGGACCUUCUGGAACGGACUAUGACGUUAACCAAGGCACCAAUAUAAUCUCUUUGCAGAUUCUAGUUUCCCCAAUAACCAAAGCAAAGUUUGAAUGCAUCUCAGAAUGUUGGCUGUUCACAGUUCAGUAACCCUCUGGUUCACUGUGCCUCUACAGCCACGUUUACAGGGAUUACACUUUAUCCAUGCUUCAUUUCAUACACUAUUUGUAGACACAUAAUUAUGUCAAUGAUCAAUAUGAAACACUUAUUGAUAUGAUUUUACACGUUAGAAACAUAGUAGUUCAACACUUUUGUCUUUGUUUCUAAAACCAAGAAGCUGAAGUAGAAUACUCCAGUAAGUAGCACCAACAGUAGCCAAACUAUUACACAAAACAUUUUUUUUUUUAAUUUAUUAACCAUUAGCACGUAACCAGUUAAAGGCAGAAAGUGGAGGCAGAAAGUGAGGGGGCUGAAGCCUCCCCUCUGAACCUGACCAAUCACAACAGAGUAAGCAUGGUGGCUGCAGUAAGGUGCUGAAUCAGAGUAUGUCAGCCAAGAGGAGAAGUGUGUAAAUUAACCGCGUACGCAACUUGAGAUUUAUGGAGUAUUUUAUUAAAAAGAAACUUACUAUAGUGCCCUGCUGAGAUCCAGUACCAUUUUAAAAGUUCCUGAAAAGAGGACAUGCUAGGGUCCCUUUAAAGCUUAAGAAAAAUAACUGCCUAUUGUUUGCAAAUUUUGAAAACCAAUCACCAAUUUGCCAGAAUAUGCUGUUUUCAUAUUUUUAUUAAGUGUAUAUCGUUUACAGUCAAUUUAUAAUCGUUCAUCACUUGGGAUUUCAUUAAAUAAGAAUGGAUUGGAUGUUUUAGUGUAUGAACGUGUGCGAGUGUGUGUGUAUGCACAAUCGUAAGUGAUUCUACUUUGUUUGCAUGUACAGAAUUCCACUUGUAAAUAAAGAAAGUAAAUGACUUUUCAAAUGUUUUUGCAAAGAAGAACAAAUGCAUGUGGGUAACAGUUUUGUCUGCUUGUCUUUUUCCAAACACUCACACUUACCUCUCUCCUCUGAGACAUGUCUGCUUCUGUAGUUGCUCCCAAUGUUCAAGUCUGCUAAAAAUGAUUCCUCAUUUUAUCCAACAAUACUUUUUGUUCACUUAUGCACUGUCCAGUUGGGACUCUCUUAUCAGAGUCAAGUGAACUGCUGGUGCAUCAUGGGAAGGCAACAACCGGAUUUCCUUACAGGCUACAUGGCAUGCAUUGGUGUGCCACAAUAUUUGUGCCAUAGGUCAAUUGCUUUAGUCACGAUUGCAUCUGUGUUCUCCUGCGGCAUCUGUAUGGGAAACACAUCGUGAGGACAUAAAGACCAACAAUAUGUAACUAACUUGGUUGAAUUGUUCAUUUUUGAGAAUAGUGCAGUUUACUUACAUUGCUCAGAAACUUGGCCACCCCUUCUGGUCGGCUGAUUCCCAGCAGAAUAAUUUUGUAGCUGAGCAGUAUUUCCAGGGCAACAAACACCAGGAUCUUACAGGAGCCACUGAUCACCUUGUCCCACACUCUGGAAAAUGUAUUCAUGUACUGUAUAUCAGCUGCUAUUUGUUGAUGAACGCAUUAACAUCAAUGCUCCAUUUGUCUUCAGAAA